CAUAUACAAAAUUGAACAUGUUUGUGUUCACGCAAAGUUUUUUUAUUAGGAUCGGUUAAAAGAAAAUCCGAACCAGAAACAUAUUGUGGCCGGGACAUAUUCGAUUUUCUCACCCCUGAUAGUACUUCAAUUUCAAUUUUAAUCAUCUCCGUGCAAGGCACGAAUGAAAGAGCAGUAAUAAAAUGAGUGGAUAAGCGGUUGGGCGGCAGCAGUAUAAGUAUAUACGGAGCAGGAGCUGAAGCCCUCAAGAAAGAGCAUCCGACGCUGCAGCAACGGGAAUGGGAAUCGUGAGAACGGAUGAGAGGCAGAAGAUGGAGAUGGAGGAGCUCCGACGAAUGCUCCUGUCCUGCGCCGGCACCGGCCGGAGUAAGGACCGCGAAUCGCUCAAGUUAUCCGGGCCGGUAUUGCCGUCGGAGGAAAACGACAAAGUGGUAUGCGUCACCGGAGGCGUUUCCUUCCUCGGAAUCGCAAUUGUGAACCAACUCCUACUUCGAGGCUACUCUGUUCGGAUCCUCGUCCUCAACCAAGAGGAUCUGGAUUUGCUGAGGGAGAUGGAAGAGUGUGGUGAAAUGAGGGGAUGUAAUGGCAGCAACGUGGCAGAGGCAGUGAUGGCGCGAUUGAGUGACGUGGAGAGCAUAUCAGAGGCUUUCAAAGGCUGUCGUGGCGUCAUCCACACUGCUGCCUUCAUUGACCCCGCUGGCCUAUCUGGAUAUUCUAAAUCAAUGGCUGAGGUGGAAGUGAUGACAAGCAAGAAUGUUGUGGAGGCAUGUGGACGUACAGUGUCGGUUAGAUAUUGUGUGCUCACCUCCUCUCUCCUAGCAUGUGUAUGGCAAGACCACACUACUUUUCUUAACCACAAAAUUGAUCAUGACAGCUGGAGCGAUGAGUCCUUAUGUUUCACUAAAAAGCUUUGGUAUGCAUUGGGUAAGCUAAAGGCGGAAAGGGCAGCGUGGGAAAUAGCAAUGGAGGCAGGAUUGAAGCUCACCACCAUUUGCCCAGGUCUUAUCACUAGCUCCGAGUACUGUAACAGGAACUCAACAUCCACCAUUGCAUUUCUCAAAGGAGCUAGAGAGAUGUGCGAGAGAGGGGUGCUGGCAACAGUGGAUGUAAACACAUUAGCAAAGGCACAUGUAGGUGUGUACGAGGAGAUGAAUAGAGCAGCUCAUGGGAGAUACAUGUGUUUUGAUCAGAUUAUUAAGACUCCAGAAGAGAUCCAAGCCCUGGAAAGAGAGACUGGAAUUGAUAUGAGCAGUCUUAUAACAGAUGCAUCCCACCAGUCACCAAGAGACAGAAUUCAACUCUCAAACUCUAAGCUUAAUCGCUUAAUCUCUAACACAUUCAGAUGUAAACACUACUAGCUUACCAUAUUUAUGUAAUACUCCGUAUAUAUAUGAAUAUUUAUCAAUUGCAUUUGCUCAAGUUGAAUGAGAAUGGCUUUUAGUUACUACAGCCAGAUAUAGGGGUGUGCAUUUUGGUUUUCGGUUCGGUUUUCUUCGGUUUCGGUUCAAUUUCAGUUCGGU